GGCAGACAGUUUGCCGCCGUGGAACACAGAAACCCUGCUACAAAAUCGUGUAUUUUCACGAUGCCUCCCGCAGAACCAGCUAUGAAGAAGCCCACGGGGCCUGCAGGGCUGAUGGGGGACACCUCGUCAGCAUCGAGACAGAAGGAGAGCAAAGACUCAUCGAGAGAUUUAUCAGGAGUCUCUUAGCUUCUGAUGGAGAUUUUUGGAUAGGGCUCAGGAGGAAGAAGGAGGAGGAAGACAAUAGUACAGAGUGUCAGAACUUCUACUCCUGGUCGGAUGGCAGCUCAGCCACGUUCAGGAACUGGUAUGCGGAUGAGCCAUCCUGUGGGAGUGAGAUCUGUGUUGUGAUGUACCACCAGCCAUCUGCCCCGCCAGGUGUCGGAGGUCCUUACAUGUUUCAAUGGAAUGACGACAGAUGCAACAUGAAAAAUAACUUCAUUUGCAAAUAUUCUCUUGAGAAGCCAACGAAUCCUCCAGCAGAGAAUCCCCACAGAGAUGUCUCCACAGAGCCCCUGAGCCCAGCACUCCCGGGGGAGCACCCUGAGAAAGGUGCCAAUGGAACUGCCAUGGGAGCCAAAGAGCCCGUUCAGAGUCUUGCCUACAUCCUCAUUCCCAGCAUUCCUGUGCUGCUUCUCCUGCUGAUCAUCACAGCCAUCUCCUGCUCCUGGCUCCUGGCAAAGAGGAGACAGGAGCGACUAGAUACAACCCCAAAGGAGGAGGAUCCCUGGCUGUCCAACCCCAGGGGGAACAGCCCAGACCUCGAUAUUUAUCAGGUCAUCAGGAAGCAGUCAGAGGCAGACCUGGCUGGAACCAGGCCUGCCAUGAAGAACUCUUCCUUCCGUGCCCGGGAAGACAAAGUGCUCAGGAGCCUCUGCAGGGACUAUGAGGAUGCAGCAAUGAACACAUCGAGCAGUGGCUUUGUGACAUUGGCCAGCACUGAGAGUGGCUUUGUGACCAAUGACAUCUAUGAGCUCUGUGGAGAUCGUGUGGGGAGGAGCAAGGAAUCCACCUGGGUGGAGAACGAGAUUUAUGGAUAUUAA